CUGGAUGCACGAAAAUCUGAGGAGAUACUAGUUCCAUGGGUCAUAUUUGAGCUGUUAAAGAUCGAUAAAUUGUUCUGUGACCAGAAGUUCAACUUCUAUUUCAAUUGAGUUUUUCUUCUUGGCCCAUGCAUACUCUGGGAUGCUCUAACUAGUGUUACGGGUGUGGUGUCAUCUGAGAUUGGUGAUGGAGAGAUUUCCGCGGUUAGCACAGCGCAUUCUUUCUGUGCCAUUCACUCCAAAAUACUUGAAAUCUUGUAAGAAAACGAAUCCUCUGACCUCCCACUUAAUGCAACUCCGUGGCUCCCAGAGACCAGUAUUCAUACAAUGGAAUCUGCAGGGAAGACCUUCUGUAUGCACUGACUCAGUAUCCAAGAGAAAUUACAGUUCUACCACUGCUCAAGCAGGUUGGUUUCUGGGUUUAGGAGAGAAAAAAAAGCAAGUCAUGCCUGACAUUGUGAAAGCCGGUGACCCUGUUCUCCAUGAACCAUCUCAGGACGUUCCUCUUGAGGAGAUUGGGUCAGAACGAAUCCAAAAGAUUAUAGAUGAGAUGGUGAAGGUUAUGAGAAAUGCACCCGGUGUUGGUCUUGCCGCUCCUCAAAUUGGUAUUCCUUUGAAGAUAAUUGUGCUGGAAGACACAAAUGAGUAUAUAAGCUAUGCUCCUAAAGAUGAAACCAAAGCACAGGACAGACGUCCAUUUGAUCUCCUGGUUAUUAUAAAUCCAAAGCUUAAAAAGAAAGGCAAUAAAACUGCAUUGUUUUUCGAGGGGUGCUUGAGUGUUGAUGGGUUCAGAGCGGUUGUGGAAAGACACCUACAGGUAGAGGUUACUGGUUUGGAUCGAAAUGGCAAAGCAAUCAAAGUAGAUGCUUCAGGAUGGCAGGCUCGCAUUUUGCAGCACAAAUAUGACCACCUAGAUGGAACUAUUUAUGUUGACAAGAUGUUUCCUAGAACCUUCAGGACUGUAGAGAACUUGGACUUGCCUCUUGCAGCUGGCUGUCCUAAAUUGGGAGUGUGCUAGGUCCACUACCUCAAGCGACUCGUUGUGAACUGAAUUAUCAAUAUCUUGCUUGGGAAUGGGAUCGUUGGUUACGUUACUCGGAUGACUGUGAUGUUUAGAAAACAAUUAAGGAGCUGCAGUCGAUGACUUCCCCAUCUUGUGGGAUAUUGAAGUACUUGGAUUCAGAAAUGAGGUAGCAAAUAGGUGUGUACAUUAAGCCGUUUACAAAGAUUCAUUUUUUUGAAUGGUAUACUGUUUCUCUUUCUGUUAUGGUAUACUACAAAGUUGAUACUGUUAUUGCACAGCAGAAAAAGAGAGGGUGUCGAGAUUAUAGGUUGAUAUGCAA